UGCUUUUGAAGCUUUAGUGCUGCAUUGCGUUUUGCAUCAUCUAGGAGGUUUACAGUUUCUGCCGAUGGUUCUGAUUUGAUGGAAAUCACAUGUAAACGGAAAAGCACGUGUUUUCCACGAUGAACGUAGGAGGCCUGUGAGAAUAAAACAACCAAAUGUUUUUCUCAGCAAGGAGAGUAAACAAUCAUUCCACGGAAGCAGUGGUGACUUCUGAGCGUAAGACUGGUGGUGACUGAUGGCAACUCUGCUGUGAUAAGGCCGAUCAAAACAUUCGCUCGUGUACCUUGUUGGAGUUUGGACGUGCUCACUGCACGUGCAAUACAUAGUAAUUCGCGGUUGGUUCUGUUUGGCAGCAUCCGACACCGACAGGGAUAUCUAUUCGACUAGAACGAAGGCUUCGAGUUCUUUGCGGCGGCUCCGAAUCGGCACUCGCGCUUCAAUCGUCGUUCAAGGUGCACGUGUUUUUCCCUGCCAUCGUACAUCACUCGCUGUCGCUGUUUUGCCGUUUUGUGGAGUUUGAUAAACUUUCAGUAAAACAAUAAAAUAUUGUGUCAAACGGGGCUUGUUGAUGACCAGGAAGGGUUAUGUGUGUGCAAUUGGUUUGAUGUUCACUAACGUGACCAAAGUGUGCAAUUACCUCCUACGAGAGGUACGUUUCUAAAGUCGUUGAUUGGCGGAGUGAUUCCAAAUAGGGGUCAUUAAAUUAUUUUCGCUGAUAAGCCUGUCAAGCAUGGUUGUAUGUCGGUUCUAAGUGAAAGGUUUACUUGUGUUGUUACUUUGUAUUGUUCGCUUGAAGUAUUUGCAAGUGUCUAUUUAUUGAAGCUGGUAUGAAUGGUGCGGGAUUAUCGGCAGAUGUUUGAUUGCCUACAGAGAACAGCGUAGUCUUUUGAUAAGCGAAAAGUGUUGAAACCGUGUGAUAAUUUCUGUACCAAUAAUGGUGAAGGGAGUGAUUUGAUUGAGUGAUCAUUUCGAUUACAGAAUAACUGCAUACGAAUCUCGAGUGCCCGACGGCUUGGAACCGCCGAAAUAAAGCGCAGCAGUGCAACUCAUUAAAAUUUCACCCACAAGUACAACGAAGCCAUACCAAAGAAAAUCAACACAUCGAGUACAAUCAUACCAGGAAUGCCACACAGCCUCCGGAUUGUCGGUAGUACCUAUCACCAUCACCCACCGCCGGCCAGCUGUAAAUAGAUCUUUGUUCUUCCGUUCGAACGGGAACAGGAAAGAAACACCACUCUGCUACGGUUACAUUUCCCAGCAAACGGAUACAUCCCGACACCAUCAUCACCAUCUACCAGUCAAAUAGGAACGGCCAAAUAAACAGUAUCCCGGAGUUCGAAACCAAACGAAGAUAAUUCAAUAUUUUAUAGCAGUUUAUUGAUAUUUAACGAACCCCAAAUUGGAAGAACGAAAAUCAGCAAAUGAGACACGGCACGAAGAUCAUCAUGAUGAUGAUGCAGCGGCAAUCGAUUGUUGGUCUAUUUUAAGAGCAAUAAUCGAGACCGGAAAAUGAAAGCACUCAAAGUGUGGAAAUAAUUCAAUAUUUGUCUGUACAGAAGGGAAAAUAAUCAGCGAGGAAACUAUUUUGCAAAAGUUGCAUUCCGCUUUCCGAGGAAGUAGAGUAAAAUGACAAUAAUGAUAGUACCUUAUAGUGAAUAGAAUUUACCUUAGAGUCCCGAUAAUCUAAUAAAUUUCGACUGAAAGCGGAAUUCCCGGGAAAAGCCUUUCCAAACCAGCUGAAGCGAGGAAAAGUUUUGCUGAAAACAGUGAAACAAAGAGCGUUCAAAUACGCUAGGAUAAAGAGCAAAGCCAUACAAUAGCUUUCUAGCAGCUCUCGGGUAGGAAAAAUAAAAACUCACUCAUCUUUCACGACACCUAUUCAGCAUGGACCUAAAACACUCGAACGUACCGGAAGUGACGGUGGUAGCAGACGCGUACAUGCCCGGCAGCAAAUCCUCCGAUCUGAUAAAGCCUUCCACCAACGGUUCCAGUGCAACGCUAGACAAACCCACCCUUGCACCAGGUGAAUUCAAGGUAUACAAACGGCGAUGGCUAGUGCUGGCUAUCUUUGUGAUGUAUUCUGCCUCCAAUGCACUCCAGUGGAUUCAGUACAGUAUUAUUGCGAACAUAGUUCAAAGAUACUACGACAUUACCAGCACAUGGGUCGACUGGACGUCGAUGAUUUUCAUGAUCCUCUACAUUCCACUCAUCUUUCCGGCCAGCUGGAUACUGGAUAAAAUGGGCCUACGAAUCGCAGCCAUCAGCGGAGUGUUCGGCACCUGUCUGGGUGCAUGGAUAAAAUGCUUCUCCGUGCAGCCCGACCUGUUCUGGGUCGGUUUCAUUGGCCAAUCGGUUGUGGCCGCCUCGCAAGUGUUUAUCCUCUCGCUACCAGCUAAGGUGGCCGCCGUGUGGUUCGGUCCCGACCAGGUCUCAUCGGCAUGCAGUAUCGGUGUGUUUGGUAAUCAGCUUGGUAUUGCUGCCGGUUUUCUGCUGCCUCCGAUACUAGUCGAGAACCACGAUGACCUAAAUCUGGUAGGUGACGACUUAAAGCUGAUGUUCUAUCUGGUGGCUGGAUUCACCAGUCUUCUCGUUAUCCUAGUACUAGUGUUUUUCAAAGCGGCUCCACCGACACCCCCGUCAGCGGCUCAGGAAGCAACCAAAACAACCAAUCCACUGGAAUCGUCACCGUUUUUGCACUCCAUCAAGCGGUUGAUACUGAACCGAAAUUACGUGCUCCUGCUCAUAUCGUACGGGAUGAACGUGGGUGUGUUCUAUGCCAUCUCAACCCUUCUCAACCAGAUCGUCCUGACCCACUAUCCGGGCCAUGAAGUGGACGCCGGUCGUAUUGGCGUCUGUAUCGUUUUUGCCGGAAUGCUGGGCUCUGUUGCAUGCGGUGUGGUUCUCGAUAAGACCCAUCGAUUUAAGGAAACAACGCUGGCCGUUUACAUAUUUACUAUGAUUGGGAUGUGGAUAUACACGUUUACCCUAUCCACUGGGCACAUUGCCGUUGUUUAUAUAACUUCAUCCUUGCUGGGCUUUUUCAUGACGGGCUACUUACCGGUCGGUUUCGAAUUUGCUGCCGAGCUGACCUACCCGGAACCGGAGGGCACUUCAACAGGAUUGUUGAAUGCAGCGGCUCAGGUAUUUGGCAUUGCAUUCACCAUGAUCUACUCGGAGAUCCUGAACAGCAGUGGGGACAUUGUGGCCAACGUUACGAUGGCGGUAAUGUUGUUCAUUGGUUCGGCGGUAACGGCCAUCAUCCGGUCGGAUCUUCGCCGGCAAGCGGCACACAAUCCGAACGCUUAAAGCGAGCAAUAGUAAUAGCGCUGUGCGCGGCUAACAGUGCCAUGCUGUUAUUUUUAAAAUGAAACGUUUUAACGAGUGAUAAUAAGUCGAUUGUUGUGCUAUCUAUGCUCACUGUAAAUGUUGUUAAUCAUUUAGAAGAAAAAAAUUAAAUUAAUUUAUAGUUUAGAAAAGACAUAAAACAGAGAGGAAGAUGUUAUGGUAAUUUUGGGCUGUUAACUUGAGUGUCAUCGAGUGGAAAUGUUUUAGUGGAUCAAUUUUUAUGCUAGCAUCGGUUGGAGUUCACGACUGUUCGUCUAUCACGAGGUGAUAAACUUUUACGACCUAUUCUUCACAAAAGGAUUGAAGGAACAGGGCUAUAAAUGUUCACAUCCAAUGCUGUAUUUAACCAAAUUUAACUGUCCAUGUAUUGGGUAUUCUAUCAGACUAACUAAAACGUCAUUCAAUGCGAGGUAUCGUUUGUUUUGGAUUUUUGCAAGAAAACUAACGAUAAUAACUAUUGUUUAAAAACAUUUUUUUGACCACGAUUUCGUUCAUUAAGCACCGUCGUCUCUAUUGAUUUCACAACAACAACGUCAAAAAUAUCGAUUCCCGCCGGCUCAAUUCAUGACAUGCCUCUAAAGAAAAAUACCGGAAAGCGGGAAAUAGACCAUCACACAAGACUGAAGGGUUGAGGAAAUAAAUUCAGUAAAGCUUAUUUCUCCCAGUUGUUUAUCGAAUCGAAAGGACCAACGAAAAACGAAGUUCUCUCAAGUACCAGUAGGAAGGCAUGUUUCCGAUUUAUAACAAUGACAAAUUGUUAAUUUAGGUGGGUAUAGCUCUUUUUGCUUUGUAUUGUAGGGUCAAUAGAAAGAAAAGAGUCGGUCUAAUCGCAUUUUCACCGAAAACAACACCUCUGGAAAUGCCUGGAAAUAAUUUCUGUGACGAAUUUCAUUUCUCUGUAUCGCUCUAUGUAUUUUUAUUAUUUAAUUACCCGUUCCCUGAUUUUAUCAACGUCCUUAUACACGGAGAUCUUCAUUCAAACGUAAAACACUCAAUCACGCCUUUCAGGUUGUUUUGCAGAAUGGAUCCCUUUAUCUGGGCCAAUUCGUUGAAACUUAUCAGUACUAUGUCAUUAUGUUUUAAUUGCCGCAAAGUUCUUCUGUAUCAAUUUUGUUGACUAUUUUCGGCAACAUUGAAGACUAAGAGAAACGGAAACUAUGUAAUUGAAAGACGGAUAGGUAUUCCAGAGCAACUCCGUUAUAAACUUAGAACGGAAAACUAAGACUAGUCAGGCUCAUAUGAACGCGUGCGAAAGGAAAUGUGAAGAAUCUUUUGCCUUCUGCUGGUAGGAGUUGGGCGAUGCACCAUUGUCUACUGCAUGGUCGGUGAUAGAGCAUAACUCAUCAUCAUGUUUUACCACCAACGCCGGCCAGAAUUUGCCGAAAAUAUUUAACAAAAUCGAUAUACUUAUCAGUACUGUCUUGUUGAUGUGAUGGAACUGGAUGAUGACGACUUCCGUAAACCAAAGCCUAAUUUUCACCUUUAGUCGAUUUCCCACGUCUCGCAGAUUUAGUCUAAUACAAAUGCUGAACCGUGGGGGGGGGGGGAUUAAAAGUCAUUGAACAAAAAAUCCACUUAAAACUUUUGGUUUAAGAAACAAAACAUUUAUUUCUUCAACCUACCUACAAUAGAGGCAUGGUUGAUCAAGUUUCCACAAAUAUUUUAAAAAUAAAAAUCUAUUCGGGUGGUAUUAAACCCAAAAAUGGCGAAUAAAAGUAUUUUCUGAAGUCCCUUCCCUUCUCAAACUUAUCACGACAUUUUCCGUAAACAAAACAAAAUCGGAAAAUUUAUGUUAGGUUAUUGUGAGGUGGAUGGUGGUUGGAAAAAGUCUGGUUAUAUCUACGAGAAAGUAAGGGCUAUGGUGUCCACAAAUACCAAAAUUCGGUCUACUCAAAAUUGCAUUUAAACGUAAAGCUUAGUUCGGUCCACUUGCCAACUUGGCUUCGUUAUUGCCCCAGUAAUAAUUGAAGUUUUAUAACUACUCAUAAAAUUUAGAUUGCACUUUAAGUGUCCUUGUCAAAUUGUUCUUGCAUUUUGUUAAAUUUAUUUUAAAGUAAGCUUAUUUGUACUUCGUAUACAGAUAAUAAGAAAAAAAAACUCAUUUUUUCGUUUGAUAUCCAAACAUUCAAUUGAAGUAGAUAUUUUUAUGAAAAAUAUCAAAAUUCAGAACAGGAAAAUAUUUUUUAAAGGUAAACUGAACGUUCAACUAGGGAAAAUGAUCACCUAGAUGUUGAACUCAUCAGUGAGUAUCAGCGGAUUUAUUCGCCUUUAUUAUCCACCUCAAAGCAGGCCCGACGAGAGGGGGGGUCAGGGGGGGCAACUACCCUGGGGCCCGGGUCUAUUUUGGGGGCCCGCAUUUUUAACUGAAUUAAAUUUAUUUUAAUUUAAUUGAUGAAGUUUAUUGUUUCUGUCGACAGUGCAAAUAUAUUACAAUCAACUACUUCAACUUUAGCGGCAUUAAUUGGGUUCGCAAUAAUACAUCAUUUAUGUACCCAGACUCAUCACACUCAUCAACUAACACGUGUAUCACUCAGCUACUCGACGGUUACAGCACCGCGGGGCUAGUUCAACUAUGUGACGUCACUAAUGACAACAACUGUAUUUUGGAUCUUUGCUUUGGAAGCCAGGAGCUCUCCGAUCACUUUGCCGUUUGUCGUGCUCCAGCUCCUCUCGUUAAACUAUGCCAACACCACCCUGCUCUUCAUUGUUUUCUCCGAAAAUGUGUACCUUGUACAUUCGAAGAUACCACUGAGAAGCUGACAUAUGCCUAUCGCAAGACAGAUUUUCGAGGAAUGCACCUUUUCUUGUCUCGUAUCAAUUGGAAUGAAAUCUUGCCACAAUCUGAUUCAAACGCAGCGGCUAAAAUUGUUUCGAACGUACUGAUUUAUGCUAUCGACCAGUUUACUCCUAAAAAACUCAAUCAUGGCUGUGAAUAUCCUCCAUGGUCGAAUCGUACACUAAAAAAGUUUAAAUUGGCCAAAAGGUCAGCUCUAAAAAAGUUUUCGAAAUACCGAUAUGCUAAAGAGCCAGAAUCUUCUUAAAUCAUUGUUACAAGAGACUUAAUAAGUCUCUCUUCAAUUCCUACCUUCAUCGUAUUCAGAGCCACCUUCGUAACAAUCCAAAAAAGUUUUGGAAUUACGUUAAUGAACAGAGGCGUGAGUCAGGUUUACCCACUUCUAUGUCGCUGGGUGAUUUAGAAGCGACUUCAUUGCCGGACAUCUGUGAGUUAUUUCGCCAACAAUUCAGCUGUGUUUUUACCAAUGAUACUCUUAAUAAUCAACAAGUCUCCGCAGCAGCCGACAACAUUCCCCGUAGGACUAGUAUUGGACCUAAUUUCACGAUAUCUUCCGAUAUUGUACAAAAAGCUUGCAUAAAACUCAAGUGUUCUAACACUCCUGGACCUGACGGAAUCCCAUCAUCUAUCAUUAAAAAAUGCUCGUCGUCGCUUUGCCUACCUCUGUCCGUCGUUUUCAAUAUAUCGUUAAGUUCCGGAGUGUUUCCUACCAUCUGGAAAUCAUCUUACGUUUUUCCGGUUUAUAAAAAAGGAUCCAAAAGCGAAGUUACCAAUCACCGAGGAAUCGCAUCUUUAUGUGCACUAUCGAAAUUAUUGGAGCUUAUCGUUCUCGAGUUUUUGACACAUUGUUGUUCUAGAUACAUAUCAGAAACUCAACACGGUUUCAUUCCCAGGCGAUCUACUUGCACUAAUUUAGUAGCCUACACCUCAUUUAUCGCUCGCUCGCUACAGGAUCGAUUGCAGGCUGAUGCAAUAUACACCGAUCUGUCGGCCGCCUUCAAUAAAAUCAACCAAUGGCUUCGAUCUUACUUGUCAGGCCGUAAAAUGUCUGUUAAAAUCGGGAAUCAUUUAUCCUCAUCCUUCGACGUAACGUCCGGCGUACCUCAAGGCAGCCAUAUCGGUCCUUAUAUUUUCCUUCUAUACAUAAACGAUCUGGAUUCAUUGAUUAAGUGCUUCAAGGUGUCUUAUGCCGAUGAUUAUAAGUUAUUCCAUAUAGUUAAAAGUUACUCUGAUGCUUUGUUUUUGCAAUCUCAGUUAGACAUUUUCGCUAAUUGGUGCAUGACUAACAGGAUGGUUUUGAAUGCCUCGAAGUGUUCUGUGAUUACGUUUGCACGAAAACGCUCCAUCGUAACAUUCGACUACACUAUCUUGCAAAACAAAUUAAAAAGAGAAACUACAGUGAAAGAUUUAGUGGUUCUUGUGGAUUCAAAGCUUACAUUUAAGGAUCACAUUGCUUUUAUCUCGUCUAAGGCUUCGCGUAAUCUAGAAGUUAUUUUUAGGGUUACUAAGCAUUUCACUAACGUACAGUGCUUGAAAACGUUGUACUGCUCGCACGUUCGUUCCACACUGGAAUACGCCGCCGUUGUUUGGGCUCCUUUCUAGAAGAACAGCAUUCAACGCAUCGAGAGUAUUGAGCGUAAAUUUGUACGUUUUGCGCUGCGCCACCUGCCUUGGAGCGAUCCCUACAAUCUGCCCAGAUACGAAGAUCGUUGCAACCUCAUUGGUCUUGAAACACUGUCUUUGCGCCGCAAUGUGACCAAAGCGUCUUUUGUCUCUGAUCUGUUAUUGUCUCGCAUUGACUGCCCUGAUUUACUCCGUCUUCUCAACAUUGAUAUUCGCCUCCGAAACCUUCGUUCCUACUCUUUUGUCCGUCUUCCAGUGUCUCGUACUAAUUAUGGCAAAAAUGAACCCGUCAGUAGCAUGUGUAGAGUGUUCAAUCAAUGUUACAAUGUCUUUGACUUCAAUUUGUCUCGCACUUCUUUAAAAAAAUUGUUUUCGCGCACCCUUUCCCAAACCUGAUAGUGUUAGCCAAUUAUUUAUGUUAAUGUUAAUACUUUACCUAUGUAAGAUAGAGUUUAAGAAGUGUUUAUUUUAAGCAGUGUUUAGUGUUAGUCAUUGUAUCAUUUGGUUUGUUUGUUAAAUGUUUAUACCUAAAAGAUAGAGGUUUUGUGCCUACGGGAGAAGGAGCUUUUGAAAAUCCACUCCCGCGGGUUUUUCCCUCUCAAUAAUAAUAACUACGUUCCAAUCGUUCCGGUUUUCUGAAGUACGUGAACCUAACCCAAUUAGAUUCAUUCAACAGUGCAAUAGAACCAUUCUGGUUUCAUUUAUCGCAAGUGUUUGUCAAAGUGUACAGUAUGAAGUUGUUUACAAUUUAUCAUAUACUUAGCUAAUGUUACUAAUAAAAGUUGGAUAUUUUCGGAAUGGGGUUGACGAGUAGAUGACGAAAAUCAAUGAAUGAAGCCACUUUGAAAACCAAGAUGGCGAAUUCCAGUUAAGACAUCUCUAUAACCUAAAAUAUUGACAUUUUCGAAAAAAGAUAAUCAUAGAAUAGAUAUAGGUAUAUUGAUUUGUGAUGCGGAUGAUAUGAUUAUAGAAACCUUCUCUGAACCAGAAGACGCUAUAUUGGCCUUCAAAAGGGCAUCGCUCAUCUACUCGGCAAACCCGCUUAAAAAUACCCUCAUAGUUUAUACAGAUAUUGUUUGAAAUAGCUCCAAGGUACCAUUUCUAUCAUCUACUCAUUAAGCCCGUUUCAAAAAUUCCCAAAUUGUUAGGGUUAUCGAGAUUAUUGUUCAAUCUGAAGUCUCCAUUCUGGAUUUCAAAAAGGUGCCAAAUAUCCAUUUUCAUCAUGUACUUGUUAAGCCCGUUCCGGAAAUACCCAUAUUGUUAGGGUUAUCGAUAAUGUUGCUCAACCAACGAAUUUUGAUAAGAAUGUGAAGCGAAUUUUUUACGAUCUAAAUCCCAAAAAACGAACUAAUUCAAUUUACAAACCCUUGGCUUGGUCCGUAAAUAGAGGUUCCAGUGUACACAUUUGAUGCAGAAAAAUGUGGGAAUUGAACUAGAUACUUAUUCUACCUAUUAGUAUUCACCAAAAGUUGAAACUCUUUCUCUCACAACUCUCUGUCUCAGUCUUUCUAACAGCAGACUUCGCUGUUGGAUCCCAUUCAUCGCAUUCGGAAUGUUUUCUCUCUGAAUGUUGGCGCAAAUGUAACAACUGAUUCCAAAACCGAUUUUACCAUGUUCAGAAACCAAUAAAGAAAAUUCGUUCAGGUCAUAGUGACAACUGCAAUAGCUGCAUCCAGUGCCUCAAAAUCAUCAACAUGUACCAACAAUAAGAAACAAGGCAGCAUCGGUGGUGCGAAAUUUUACAUUCAGUUGCCUAUUUCUGAUGAAUUUGCUGAAUUCAAUAUUCAGUUUCAAUGCUUCCCUCAUUCAUUCACUUCCAAACUGACUGAAAUUUUAUGCAGAAUCGAAUGGUUGAGUGCAGAGGAAAUAUAAAUUCAUUCACAAACCAAAGCAUUCAUUUGUUAUUAUGUGGACAGUUUGAAGGCAGAAGUUCUUUUACAUUUUCGAGCAUAACUGAACUGCAUAAUCUAUAUCUGGUGCACUUUUGCUUGAUGAUCUCAGAGCGGACGGACGAGGAAAACAAACAAAACUUCGAUUCAUCGCGGCGGGCAUAAAUAGAAUUUUAUUUCUCUUUCAAGCUCACGAAGGGAUGUCAAUUUUUCUAAGCUCGGAUUCUGAGCAGCAUUAACGAUGGUAGCAUUAACGUGCGUCAAGGGAGCAUGAACGAUGGCGAUAUGGACUGUAUGGCAAUGUCGCAAAAAAGGUUUGCAAUUGCAAUGGCAAAUCGGACGCAUGUCAUUCUAAUGGCCAGCCACAAACAAAUAUUCCUUUAUUAUUUUUAUUUUUUCAUCUAUUACUUAUUUAAAAUACUGACGACUCUGGUAAGCUAACGCAUUGAAUCGUAUCAAAUAAACAAUUUUCAUAAAAAAUAAUUUAAUUGAAACGGUUGCAUUUGUAUAGUUCCUCUAAUCGAUGUUGAAAUAAGAAGUCAUAUAUGGUACGGCCCGUCAGUACUUCGAACCCCGGGGCCCGGCGCGGCUCUCGACGGCCCUGCCUCAAAGUAAUAUAACGUUUAUGCUUCAAUGUUAUCAAAAACAGACAGAAGAAUUGAACAAUUUGAAUGAUUGAAACUGACCAGCACCUUUCUAAGAAUGUGGCAGAUUCUUUUGUACCACCCAUAUGUUAGCCAGAUAUCAUUAGUACAAAAAAAUUGGAUUGCACUGUCGCUUCUCGAAAUUUAAACCAUACGAAUUUCGCGCUAAAUCGUAUUCAGAGUUAUCAGCAUCCUCUCAGAUUUUAAUGAAACUUUCUGUACACGAGAACUUUGUCACAAAAAGCCAUACUCUGUUUUUCCAAUAAUGAUCUAUACUGUCUUUUGAAAAGGGUCAAACUUUUUUUUACUAUUUUUUUCAAAUGGCUAUAGUCUGAAAAUGAUAAAUCCUACAAAAAAUGUUGUAGGAGUGACUUUCACAAAAUUAGUAAAAAAUUUUGAACAGAAAUAUUUAAAAAAUCUUCAUCGACUUCUACACUGAAAAAAAAAUCGAAGUUAAAAAUUCAAAGUUGAUUCACAAAAAAAUUCCAUCUUUGAUUUGGAUGAAAUUUUGUUCCAAUAUAGGUAGUUAUGUUCCCUACCUACCGUCAAAAAUUUAAGUUUUAAGGAAAAAAGUUAUUUGAAAAAAAAAUUUCCUUGUUCAAACUGAAUUAUUUUUUCUGUGCAUUUUCAUCGAAAAUUAAACCAAUGAAAGCUAUAAUCGUCUCAGAAUCCAAUUUUCCAGCUGCUAGUUGCCUUAUUCAGGCAAAAGUAUCAGUAACGAAUUUGGUAUAUAUUCAUAACAAACUUGAAUGAGAGCAAAGACAUAAGCCAUUUAAUUUCAUCGACAUAUGCGAAAUUUAACUGAUGGUGUAGUCUCCAACAGGAGCCUUAAUUGCGAAGUAUGGUGUUUGCUCCUUAGAGAAUCCUUGCUUCGGCCAUUGAAAAUUCUGGUUCGCAAGCACUUGCGUUCAGGAAAAAUCAAGGAGUUUAAGAAAACAACUUAUUUUCCAUCAGCCUCAUUUCGAACCUUUCGCCGAAUCUGCUCUUCCAAAUUUCGAUCUUUUGGACGGGGCUAGUUUACCUGUUCGCCUUUUAGUGCUGCGAGGCAUUAACCGCCAUUGUUGCAAACAAUUGAGCCUACAGCGACUAAUCUAACUAAUUAAACUAAUCCGAUAAUGCAAAAGAGCGCUACGCCACCGACAACGACUAAUUUCUACGUUUCCUUGUACACUAAAGCGCGAGCGUUCCAUUGUGGGAACAUCUUCUAAUGUGCCUAUAAAUUUCCGAAAGAGGAAAAUCAGUUUUCUCUCCUAAGCUUCCUCGUAAAGGCCUGAGAGUGUCCCUUGAAGGGUGCUGUUACAAAACCAAAGGAAGUGGUUUUUGGUCUCGGUAAUCUUAGAAACUAGCAGGAAUUUCCACAUAGGUCAUCAACAACCCCAAGUGUCCCUAUACUUCAGUCUCUGGAACCGGGAACAGUCUCCUACUUCGUGGUGGGCAGAGAUGGCUUAGAAUUAUACGCGAAAGGGAAAGCGAAACUUUUGAACGUCGGAUCGCCCGAUUUUUUUUUCAAUAUGCGCGACGCUAAAAAUGCAAAUGAAAAACAUGAUGAAAGCUGAAAAACGCGAUUAUUGGCACCGGUCCGUCAAUGGAUUAACGGACAGAUCAUCACAGAAACAAUGUCUGGUGGCUAGGGCCUACGUGGUGUAUUCGAUUCAUCCUGUGAUUGGAAUACACGCUUUUAUGUUAAUUAUUAUUACAGUAGUGGUAAGUGCAAUCAUCAAAGAGGCUGUGCUGCCUACAUUUUCCUCACAAAAUUGAUGGUUUUAUAUUUACCUAUCAAAAACCGUGCCUACAUCGUUACAGUUACAGAAGUCUCUCCGUUUGAUGGAGAAUGGAAAGCACUCUUUGUAUUUCCUGGGAAAAACUUGGGAGUUUUUGAGUACUUCAUCUGAAAAAUUAUAGCAGAUUACCUUAGUUUGAAUUAUUUCGCAGUGCUUCAUUCCGGGUAAUGAGAAGGCGGACACUUGGAUUAGAAUGAUAAUGAAAAGGACAUUUAGGCAUUAGAAGGAGAUAUUUAUGAAAAAUCGUGUAGCUUGAACGAGUUUUUAAAUAUUUCUUCUCAGAGGACGCUCGAGAAUUGGCAAAUUUCGUGGGACGAUAGAAGUUCAGGAAUCUCAAAAGUAUCAACAAACACUAGUCCAAGAGAAUGGAUGAGGGUUAUGACUUCAUUCGGGUGAUAUCUCGGGUACAAUGAUUAUACGUAGAAUGCCCAUCUCCGGCGUAUUGGGGUCGUGGAGAGCGGUCUCUGCAAUUGUGGUGGCGGUUAUAGCGAUAUUAAACAUGUUGUCUGGUCGUGCACUAAGUGUUCUAGUACCAGAUCUCCAUUAAACGAAUCCCUUCGGCCUCGUUCCAAUCCAGUCCGAGAUGCAAUACCAAAUUCGUUACUGAUACUUUUUGCAUGUAUCAGGCAACUAGCAGCUGUGAAAUUGGAUUCUGAGAUGAUUAUGAUUUUCAUUGGUUUAUUUUUCGAUGAAAAUACACUGAAAAUCAGUUUAGACAAGGAAAAGUUUUUUUCAAAUAACUUUUUUUCCUUAAAAGUGCCCAACUUGAAAUUGUAACGGUAGGUAGGGAACAUAAUUACCUAUCUUUGGACAAAAUUUCAUCCAAAUCAAAAAUGGUUUUUUUUGUAAAUGGACUUUAAAUUUUUAAAAUCGAUUUUUUCAGUGUAGAAGUCGAUGAAGAAUUUUUUCAUUGUUUUUAUUCAAAAAUUUGACUAAUUUUGUGAAAAUCACUCCUACAACAUUUUUUGCAGGAUUUGUCAUUUUUAGACUAUAGCCAUUUGAAAAAUAUUGGCAAAAAAGCUUGACCCUUUUCAAAAGACAGUCUAGAUCAUUUUUGGAAAAACAAAGUAUGCAAAGUGGUUUUUUGUGACAAAGUUCUCAUGUACAGAAAGUUUCGUUAAAAUCUGAGAGGGUGCUGCCAACAUUUGUUCGCGGUGGCGCGAAAUUUGUCCCAUAUUUUUCUGUGUUUUCCGGGCUAAUAUAUAUCAUUUACACGCUUUGCAAACAUCAUUCUUCAAAUACAUACGACUCAACACUCUCCAAUCUCAUGAGUGCCAUCAACUAUCGUGCUAUCUAUCCACAUCAAAAUUAUAAAUUUUCAAAGGCAAUUGAUCUUCGAUUUCUAAUGAAGAUACCGAAAAUGUCAAACGCAGCAAUCGUUGUUAUACUGUAUUGCAUGAAACGAGCGUGUAACAACAAAUCAAGGUAGGCCAUGGGACAAUGCGUGUGAUAAAAUAUUUUAGAGAAAGUUUUCAACGCGACCUAAGUAACAUUGAGAGCUCUUUGUUUACUUUUUCUUUCGAUUAUAACCGUCACUAUAACACUUUUCACUAAGCCGACGGUUUUUAAUAUUUUUUUUUGCAAAGAUUUUAGUAGUGAAUGUGUUUCAGACCAACAGAAGAGAAAAUAAACAAAAAGAAUCUUCCAUUGUUACUUACGACCUAAUCUAAAUUUUCUCCAGAUUUAUUAUUUUGGAUGUAUCUGCAACGUCCGAUAUUAGAUCGUCGUUGAUGUGCUAUCUUAUGAUAAGCGCCAUUUAGAACAUUUCGAGAUAAACGAUUUUUAAAGUUUGAGAUUAAAUAUCUUAUAACUUAUAACUGGUUGAAACAAUUCAAAGAAUACAAUCGAUCCUUCUUUCUAUUAGGUAUUAAUUUAUCGAAUAUUACGCAGAUCUGUUGACUAUAGUGAGAGUUUUCAAUAAAAAUGAAAACAAAGGUCGCACUCACACGUGUCAAAAUUUGUAUGACGUGUCAUAAUCGUGCAUAGGAAAUUUCCUAUACAAAUAAAGCAAUAUUUUUUAAUUUUUAUUCCUAUUUUCGGCCUAAUUUAGUCUUGAAACAAUCGGUGAGAUGCAUUUUAGAGGAAAUAAGUCAAAGAACCCAAGAAAAAUAGUAAUCAUUGUUUACAGUAUUGCCAAACAUGCAAUUUUCCCAGUUUAAAAACGGCAUUUUACUCGCAAUACAUGUAUUUUUCUUUUAAAGAUCAAAAUAUGUAAAACUUCAAUAUAACUUGAGCCAAUCCCCACAUAAAGUGAUUUGGAAAAGCUCAAAAUUUCUCAUGACUUUUCUCACUAUACUUCAGUAAUAGGUUUGCCACCUCUAGUGAUGCUUUCACCCAGAGAUUUUUACUGGUCUAGGCCUAGGUUAGGCUGCGAAAAACAUGAGUAUAGGCUUAAAUCAGACAAAAAUAUGAAUCGAAACGAUUUUUUUUGACAUUUUAGAGAACUAUAAUCGUUUAUUAUUACCCACUGAGAUGAAACGAAACAAGUAAGAACUUUUUCAUUUAAUCAGUAACUCGUCAGGGUAUCAAUUUACGCUGGUAGGAAAGCUAUCAAAUUGACUCACUGAGUGUUUUGUAUUGGCAAAGCAUAAUGCGUAACAAUGUUCUGUUGCGUUUACAUUAAUCAUUAUGUACACACAUUUUUCGCGAUAUUUAACAGUUCUGUUGGUUUAGAUGGGAGUAGAAUUCCUCUUCCCCGGCUAACCGCAAAGAACCCAAGAGCACCAGCCAUUCUCGCUGUAGUGGAUAAGCCGAACGAGCAUUGCUAUUUACCACAGCGGAAGAGAAGGGCGAAAGGUCUUCCGAAAUUGUUUGCGUGUUAUUCGCCGCAAGGAUGUUCCUUCUUAGUAAAUCUUUCCUCACUGAUCAACAGUUAAGGACCGUUGCAGGAGCAGGCAGCAUAACACCAGAAGGAUUCGUUUGAAACAAAUAAAUUCAGCACUGUAAAAGUUUAAAAAUGUGUCGUCUCACCAGGCCCGGAGCAUCGACGUGUAACCCGGAGGCCCGGAGAUUGCCUCCAAAAGCCGGAGUCUCCGGGUCAAACCAAGCAGAAUUUCAAAAUUCUGAAAGCGCCGUUUUGUAGACGUUAGAUAUGCUUCUAACUCAGAAUGGUGUUUGUCGUAAGAUAGCUAAACAGCGACGAGAUAUGGAGUUAAAUGAGUAUAAUCGAAUGAAUGAGUCACACAGACUACUUAAAGCAUAUUUAUUCAACUCUCAGAUUCAUUCUCACCAGUCAAAAGAAGCUUCGAUUUUUUAUAGCUCCAGGUUUCGAACUGACCCGUAACCUAGUAUUGCAUAGGAUAACCAUAUCAGUCGAGUAAAAACCCAGCACAGUAGUAAGAGAAUUCCGUAUUUCCGCUGAUGUAAAGUCAAUUUAACCCUCAAGAUGGCAAGCUAAAAUUGUGACUUCAAGAAGAAUCGCUCAUAAGACCCAAUUAAAUCGAAAGCCUCUUUUUUGUCGAUUUAUCAGUGAGAGAAUCGAAAACAAAAACGUUCGAUUAUCUGUAUUUCAAAUUACAAGUCCAUUGAAACUAGAGAACUGUAACUAGCCGGGCUUCUGAAACACCUUGGCUUUUCGAAGGUUAACGGUAAUUCCUGUUCAAUCGUGCCUGUCAGACUUCUCCCAGGUUUUCGUUAGUAAAAAAUAUCUCGUUCAAUUUGUGCAGAUAGUUAACAAAUCGGGUCAUUCUUGCGUUAGAAUGAGAUCACUGAACACUUCUUGAGAUUUACACACAUAUGGUUCAUUCUAUGCCAGUCAACAAAAAAGUUGGUGUUAAUGUUGGAGGAGCCUUCAAUCUUCAAUUGAGCGAAUCAGACGAAAUAUCAUGAGAUCAUUCGCGAAAAACAUUCGUGAAGUCUUUAGCACUACAUGUACAUCAUUAAAGUACAGCAAAAACAUCAACGGUACCAGGUAUCAUCCUUGGGGUAUUUGUUCACUUUGGAGUAAGUGUGGGUACCUGGAAAUCUCUAUCUCUCGAUCAAUGAGGAAGGAUCGAAACAACUAACACUAAAAUCAUAAGAACUCUUAUCUGCGGGAAGAAGGGUUGAAAAGUUAAAAAAAAUCCUUACGUAAUUAGUGUACAACCCCCUAGUAGAAUAAAUAAUUUGUUGUUAUAAUUUUUAGCAUUUUCCACCGCGCAUCUGGUGGCGUGCGAGGGACGUCCAGUUUUAAUUUUAUGUUGGCUUUAUGAGCAGCUCGUUAACAUACAACUAUGAAAUUGACUUGUUUAGUUUCGUAAUUUUGUUAGAAGCUCAUCUCAUUUUAAAACAACGUUUUUAGUCUCACUUGAUGUUAUCUCUCAUUAUAUCUAUAUAUUUGAUAAAUUUAAAAAAAAACAUUUAAAACUACUUCUCCUAUAACAACUAAGUUCAGUUCAACCAUUAUUUUGCAUUGCAUUCUCGAUGCGCUCAAGUCAACAGCUACUCAGCAAGCCGUGAACAAAAACAGAACCUUCUGUUGUCGACUAUCAAACAGAUAGUCGCAGUAUUGACAAUGUGAUACUUGUUUUUCAAUACAACAAUUUUAAGACAAAAUAAGUGUUACCAAAAAAUAAGGCAAUAACAUAAUUAUAUUAUAAAGGAAUCAUCCGAUUCAACCGACAUAGUACUAAAUAGUUAGUAGUUAGUAUUAGCUGUGAUAAAUUGUUACCUUAGAAUAGAGCAUAAUACACAAAGCUUGCAUUAAAAACCAAAUCACAAAUUCACCAAAUAGCAAGUCAAUGUAAUAGAUUUGUAAUCUGUAAAAGAUAAGGAAACACGAUAAAAACAAUAUCGCAAGGUUUUCAAGGAUGAUUUUGGCAAUCAAAUAAUGGCUUUCAGCCAUUGCCCUUGGAUCAAGCAUCGAGUGUCCCCUUUUUGAGCAGUAGUAAAUCAGACAAUAAAACAAUGAUACACCAAUCGAAAAUAUGUGAAUGUUUCAAAAUGAUGCAAAUACCUACCCACCCAUUUCGCUAAAAUUAUAAAGAAAACAGUAUGAGAAUGAAAUGGUAAUAAAAUAGAGAGAGCACGAAAUCGAACAUUUUAUAAUGUAUUUAUUGACAAUUAAAAUGUUCAGAUUAGUCGUUACAGUUGGUAUUUCUUCCAAUGGGGCAAAUUUUAUACUACACAAUUUGUAAUUUUAACCUGAAAUUGAUUUAGUUUUAAUUUCGAACAGCAACAGUUUCCACUUUAUUAAAUUAAACCUUCGGAAGUCGCAACGUCCUGAAUUUCAGGCGAAAUCGUAUUAGGGCAUCAGGGCGCCUAAAUGAAAAUUGUAAGCCGAAUGCCGGAGGUAUAAAUGACACAUCACUGUAAAAAUCCGAUCAUAAAAACUCAUUUUCAGUAGAGUGAGGAACUCCUACGUAGAUAGCGUGCCAACCCGCGAAAAGAUAGGUAACGAUGUAAAACCCCUACAUGUAUGCAAAUUAAACACAAGCUGUUACACAAGCAUCGCACGGUGUGGCUUUGGUAGGAAAAUGAUCCAAAAAUAAUAAAAGAAUAAACGAAUCCACACGAACAAACUUAACCCAAUGACAAUACACAAAAUACCUUUAGAGAGUAUAGAUAUAUGUACUAAACAAGUCCUUAGAUGUACACAGUUGACAAAUAUACCGAGUUAUUUAUUGGGAACCCAGAUCGCACUCGUUAUCAGUAGCAUAUUUUAGAAAUUGCAUAUUUUAGGAAGUUAAACACUGAGUAACAACUCAAAUCUCGCGGUAAGAUUUGAUUCCAUAUAAAAGGGGUAGAUGAUAUUUUAGAUUGUGUGAACCAGAACAACAAGAGAUGCUUAUUAUAAUAUAAAAAGUGUUGAAAUUGAAUGACAAUAAACUGAAAGAGCUAUUUAUAUCGUAAUCUAUCCUAUAAAUAUUAAAUUUAUCUAUACCAAGCCAAAGAACGGUGAACAGAUCAUUAAAUGUUCUCAAUCAACAUCACUAUCAGAAAUCUAAAACCAUAUACCAAUUUCCACAGCAUGUCAAUUGCUCACUCCUCUAGCCAAUGAAAGCGAGAUAACGAAAACUCGUACAGUUAAUCUAUAGUACCUAUAUUAGCUUAGUGCUAUGUGUCAGAUUAUUGGUAACGUCUAUUCUAACAAGUAACUCAAUUUCUUCAUCUAAAACUGAACGCAGAAAAUCGAAUGAUUCAUGAGUAUGUAUGAAGAAAACAUAUUUUAUCGGAAAUAUAUUGCAAAACAAACUCAAUUAA